GGCGUGACGCGCACGUGACGCGAGCGCGGCCGCUCCCGAGCUUCAGCCGCCGUGCGGUCGCUUGGCCUGUGUCGCCAGGCCCGGGCCGCCCCCAGCCCUUCGCCACCUGCCGGCCGGGCCCGCAAUGGACGACUACGCGGUUCUGUCGGACACCGAGCUGGCCGCCGUGCUGCGCCAGUACAACAUCCCGCACGGGCCAGUCGUGGGCUCUACUCGCAAGCUUUACGAAAAGAAAAUUUUCGAGUACGAAACGCAGAGGCGGAGGCUCUCCCCACCCAACUCGUCUGCUUCCUCGUUCUCCUAUCGGUUCUCGGAUUUAGAUUCGGCCUCCGUGGACUCGGAUAAGUAUGAUCUACCCAAAAAGGAGGACGCCUUACUGUACCAGAGCAAGGGUUACAAUGAUGACUACUACGAGGAGAGUUACUUGAGCAGCAGCACUUACCGGGACCCCGAGGCUGCGGGCACCUCCAAAGGCUUCCGGCCAGCCAGCUCACAGCUUUCAGAUGCUGCCUCCUCCCAUCACCAGGUGCGCACUGAUAGUCUUUUCUCUUCCGAAGAGGAGGGCAGGGAGAGGGAACGCCCCACGUACGGCCGUGCCAGUGCCCACCAGAGCAGCGCACGCUACCGCCCUGUUCCCAGCGCCACCAGGAGCUCCGUGGGCCUGCCCUAUUAUCCUGCAUCCUCCUCUCCCGCGGCCUCUUCAUCUCCUCCAUCCUGGCUCACCCGCCGUGCCAUCCGGCCUGAAAAGCAAGCCCCCGUGGCUGCUCUGGGUCAGGACCGGCAGGUCCCCCUCUGGGGCCAGCUGCUGCUUUUCCUGGUCUUUGCUGCCUUCCUGCUCUUUGUCUACUAUUCCAUGCAGGCAGAGGAAGGCAACCCCUUCUGGAUGGAUCCCUGAGGGUUUUGCUUUGAGACCCAGCUUUUCUCUGUCUGCCUUAGUGCAGUGUGUGUGCUGGGGGGGUUGGGAGGGAACUUUUCUGUGUGCUCUGCUUUGGGGACUGGGCCUAGCCCAGGGCAGCACUUGCUCCUCCUGCCUCAUGCUACCAGGGAGGUAGCUGACUCGGACCCUUCCUGCUAGGGUCGGCCUGGGGUGUCUGCCUUGGGAGCCUCCUGGCCCUGCUUGCCUCUGACCCCUAGAGCCUGGGAGGGAAGACUUCACUCCUUGACUUGUCAUGUUUUCAUGCAUGCCUCCUGUUCAUUACCCCCUGGUUGGGGGCUAGCUAAGGGCCACCCUUUGUUUUCGUGGAUGCAAUAAAAAAGAUCAUUUAUUUUUAA